UACUAUUUCGUCAGAGUUCUCGAUUUUUCGUCGACAUUCUGCAAAUAAUCUGGAAAUGGCUCAGAAACAUUAUUAUCAUAUCAUGUCGCUUCGCACAUUCUCGGAUUUUUGUCUAUUCGUAAUUUGUAUUUAUAUUAUCCGGCUGAAGGUGACGCUACAGUUAUAGGUAGAGUACGGGUGGUAUAUAACAAUAUAAUAGUUAUUACGAUUUUCGGUUAUUGUAGACUGCACACCGAACCGGAUCGUGUUGAGACGGCUAGUGUACCAUGAAAUAGACCAUACUAUUAUCAAAAAUAUUUUCUUAGUUGUACACAGAUGCUACGACAGUGAUGGGCGAUGAUAAAAUAUUCGAAUUAUGAUCUCUGAUCGCAUCGUAAAGAGACUUGUAUUGCACGCUUAAAUGAACUAUAUUUUAUUACAGAUUGAGAUAAUAUACAAUUAUACGUCAUGUACCUUAAUUCAUUAUUCGACUGAAUGUCAUAAACGAUUCAAUGUACCUACUAUAAAGAAAAAUGUAUAUUGCUUAAUGCUUCCGUAAUACAUCGUUAGCUACUAUUUGUACAAAAUAUAUUAAUUUAUAUUAUAUAAGUAUUUAAGUUUUAAGCAGAUGAAAUAAUAAUAUUGCAACGAUUUUUUACUGUAGGUGUGAAUUAUGGUCCUUAAAUUAUUAGCUAAAUUGCCGGCUUUAAUACCUCUAACGUAACAUGUUAACCGGAUGUUUAAAUUCGUUACUAUUUUAAAUAAUUUAAAUGUUGAUAUGGUUUAAUAUAUGGAAAAAUAUUUAUUUACUAAAUAUUGUUGACCGUAUAUUAUAGGGUCAAGGUUACACGUUUACAUCUUAAAUAUAGUUUACUUAAUAGUUAAUUUGUUCACACUGUAAUAGUUAUAAAGUCAUCACUUUUUAUCAAUUCUAUAGGAUAAAUGUUAUUUUAUAAUUAUAAAGUAUAAACUAAUAAAAUAACAAUAACAAUUGUUUAUUAGCGUUAAGCAGGUAGUAGAUAACUAUUACCUUUUAUAAUGUUUGGUUUCCAUGGUACCUCUGAGCAAUAACAAAUUAAAUGUAGCUUCCUAAAUGCAAUUAACAUUAAACGUAUAAUACUUUAAAUUAUAUUUUUAAACAUGGCUUUACAGACGUACUCGAUUUUAUAUUUAAAUUUAGUUUGUGAAAUGAUUUACGUAGUGGCAGAAAGAUUAAAAUCGCAAAAGAUCCAAAUAGACAAAUCUAAAUUAGUUCUUAAUGACAUAAUUGCUGCAUCGCUUAAUUGUCCAUUUUUGUUUGUACCAACAUCUAUCAUUAACAAAGAUAUUUUAGAUAAAAGUAUAUGUUGUGCAGUUCAUUCUUCAAUUAUGAGACUAAAUGGUUCUAGUAUGGAAAAAUUAAUGGGUUUGAUAGAAACCUCUGUUAAAAUGCAAAUGUUCUCAAGUAAUGGUCCGAGGCAAGUAUUACUAGUAACGUUAAAUCAUUUAGAUUCUAUCCGCGAAUUGGCAGGCACUCAUCAAUUGAAACAAAAUGUAGAUGUCAUUCAACACAAUUUUUAUCAAACUUUUGAGAAAAUGACAAAUGGAGAAAUAAUGAGAAUGCGAUAUGCAAUGUUGAACUAUUUGCAAGAUAUACAUGUUAAAGUUACCAUAUUCAUUAAAGAAGGUUUGCAGCGAUAUAAUGGGUCAUUUGUUUCAGUAGGAAAAUGGGUGAUUCCAUAUGGAUGUGAAGCUCCAGGUGUUAUAAGAGUAUUCAAUAAAAAUAGUACGCUUAUCGACAUCAGUACAUUUCAUCCAAUAUCAUUUUAUAAAGUGGAGACUGAAAUAGGUUCAAUUAAGCCUAAUAGUCCUCGUAUUACAACUCUUGGACUUUCAAUAUAUAAUAUUAAUAAAAAUAUCAAUCAAUCAUUAGAAGAAACAUCAGAUCCAUUAUUUUAUGGUCGGACUAGUCGUGAUGGAUAUAAACAAGAAAUGGAUCUUUUUGUUACACAAUUGAUGGGAAAUGACAAUGACAAUAAGGAAAUUGAUAAUUUAGACCUAGAGAUAUUAGAAACUCCAUUAAAUAUGAAUGAAAACAAAAUAGAAGAAAAAUUAUCAGAAAGCAAUAUUUUAGAAUUCAGUCAAAUUACUAACAAUUUGUCUUUACAAAAUUUAAGAGCUGGAAUGGAUGAUUCAGUUUCAAGACAAACUGAAGAUUUACUAAAUAUGAUGCAGUUAUUAGAUUUAGAAUAA